UCAUUCUUAUUUUCUCUUCCAACUUCCUAUUCCUUGAAACUUUCUUUGCUCAUUCCCGAUCGACUAAUAUUCAGCACCGAUGGAGAAGACUGCCAAGUCAGUUCUGCAGCUUCCAACUUACGGAAACACCGUCACAAUUCUCAGCAUUGAUGGUGGAGGGAUCAGAGGAAUCAUCCCUAGCGUAAUCCUUGGAUUUUUAGAGUCUGAGCUUCAGAAAUUGGAUGGUAAAGAUGCAAGACUUGCUGACUACUUCGAUGUGAUUGCCGGAACAAGCACUGGUGGCCUUGUGACUGCUAUGCUAACUGCCCCUAAUGAAAAUAACCGCCCCCUUUAUGCUGCCAAAGAUAUCAAGGACUUCUAUCUUGAAAAUUGUCCUAAAAUCUUCCCCCAAGAGAGCAAUUUCUUUGGUCAAGCUCAACAAGAACUUAGGCUUCUAUCAGGACCCAAAUACGAUGGCAAGUAUCUCCAUAAUUUGCUACAACAAAAAGUGGGAAAAACAAAGUUGCACCAAACAUUGACUAAUGUUGUCAUUCCAACGUUUGAUAUCAAGCUACUCCAGCCUACCAUUUUCUCUAGCUAUGCGAUCAAGAAUGAGCCAAGUCUAGACGGUGUGCUCUCUGAUAUAUGCACUGGAACUUCAGCUGCUCCCACUUUCCUUCCGGCCCAUCAUUUUGAAACCAAAAAUUCUGAUGGGAGCAAGAGAGAAUUCAAUCUCGUUGAUGGUGGAGUUGCAGCAAAUAAUCCGACUUUGGUUGCCAUGAACCAAGUGACCAGGGAGAUAAGCAAAGGAAAUUCCGACUUUUCUCCCAUGAAGCCUAUGGAAUUUGACCGGUUUCUUGUCCUAUCUCUGGGAACCGGUACAGCAAAAAUUGAACAGAAAUAUGAUGCAGACAACGCAGCCAAGUGGGGCAUUUUGGCUUGGCUAGUCAAUGGUGGUUCAUCUCCACUAGUAGACGUCUUCACCGAAGCAAGCAGUGACAUGGUCGAUUUUCACCUUGCUACAAUCUUUCAAACCCUCCAAUGUGAAGCCAAUUACCUACGCAUUCAGGAUGACACUUUAACUGGGGAUCUAUCGUCUGUGGAUAUCGCAACUGAGAAAAAUUUAGAGAAUCUGGUGCAAGUCGGCGAGAAAUUGCUCAAAAAACCAGUUUCGAGGGUGAAUUUGCAAUCUGGAGUUUUUGAACCUCUGAAUCAGGGUACAAAUGAGGAUGCGCUCAAAAAGUUUGCGGAAACGGUUUCAAAGGAGAAGCGGCUUCGUGAUAUUAGAUCAAAAGAAGGGGUGCCAAAGCGCAAGUGAUUACAUAUAUAGUUUCUUGGAAACAUUUUACUUGUGAUCAUGUUGUAAUAAUUAUGUUCAUUUAAAUUCAUCUUCUUUGAAGGCAUGUACUUUUAUCGUUUUAUUCUAUUGAUAAAUAAUCCCUGGUUCAAAGUAUCAGACGCGAAUUGUAUUAUGUAUAUCAUUUCAAUA